AUGUGUAUUAUCCCUCCAAAGGUGAUUGGAUGGCGGGAUCUUCCAUCGGCUGGUGAUGAGGUGUUGGAAGUGGAGUCAGAGCACAGGGUCUCAGAGGUUAUGCAUUGGAGAAAUGAUAUGGCAGCAAAAGAGAAGGAAAAGGAGGAGCUAAUCGCCAUACAGGAAAAACUUGAUGAACAUCUGAAGGUGUACCGUGCUCAGCUUGAAGAGAGACGUAGAUUGGGUAUCAGAUAUAAAAUGCGUCGCAAGGAGCCCAGAGAGAAAGAAAUCAGAGAAGUAGCCACUGGACCCAAAGUAUCAAUUGUACUAAAAGGGGAUGUAGAUGGGUCUAUAGAAGCCAUUUUGGAUGUUUUAGACACUUAUCACAGUGAAGAAUGUGACCUUGAUAUCAUAAGUUAUGGGGUUGGUAUGGUCACCCCAAAUGACAUCACAAUGGCAGCAACAUUCUCAGCUCUUAGUAUGAUUGCUCCAAAAUAUAGUAUAAAUCUUGAUAGAAGAAGUAGAGUAGAGAUGUGUUUGCUGGUUUUGAUUAUAUCUUUCCCAUUUUCAACAGGUUCCAUAUAUGCCUUCAACACCACAGUACCUCCAGAGAUAAGAAAAAUGGCCACAGAAAAGAGGGUCAUCAUUAAAGAGACCAAUAUUAUAUACCGACUGGUGGAAGACCUAAAGGAGGAGCUAUCAGAACAGCUUCCUUUGAAAGAUGUGGAGGAGGUUCUUGGUGAAGCCAAUCUUCUAGCCGAGUUUGUUGUGACGGAAGGCAAAAAGAAGAUUCCUGUGGCAGGAUGUCGGUGUGUCAAAGGAACACUGAAGAAGGACGCACUUUACCGUGUGAUUCGGGGGCAAGAUAUCAUCCAUGAAGGUCCUUUGGUUUCCAUGCGCCACCACAAGUCUGAAGUUGAAACUGUAAACAGGGACAAGGAGUGUGGACUAAUGUUUGAGGAUGAGACACUGAGGUUUGAGCCUGGAGAUCAGAUUAUUUGUUACAAGAUCAAUAAAGUGAAACAAACCACUGAUUGGGAUCCUGGGUUUUGA